AUGGUGGAAGGGAUCACGUACGAGCACUUUCCCUGCGGGGUGCAUACCGCACGUAUUCCUGGCCGAGCGCCUAGCGUAGUGAUGCUGGGCAGCAUGCAUGCUGGGUCGCGGGGAUUGGCGACCAACCUGGCUGAAGAGGGGUACGAGGUGGUGUUGGUGGAUACCACGCCUGGAUCUGCAUCGCUGUCCGCACUGCGCACGCCGCCCACACACGGAGAGUGGGUAUCCGACGGUGACCUGCGCGAGACAAACGGCUGGGCAAUGGCAACAAAUGUGCUUGCGCUCAUCGACAACGCGGGUGGGUGGAACCGGUAUACGGCACUGCUGACGUUGGGGUUGGAACAAGACGAUGCGGAUGUGGUUGCGGCUUUGCAGGCCGAGACGUCGCGCAAGGGUGGGUUGGCAGCGUACGUGGCGUAUGGAUCGCAGCUGCAGCCAGCUCAGGCAGUCGAGGCGGCAAAGCGAACCAUCGAUGCGGGGCUACCGUUCACCGCGCAUGUGGCUGAAGAUGCACAGCUGGUGGAUGCGCUUGUACAAGCAGCCAAGUCGGGCGACAUCCCUCAAUCGGCCCUACCCUUCCAUCCCGAGCUGGAUGCGUUUACCGCUGAGUUGGGACCGGUACGACCCAAGACAUUGUCGGUGUUUACGUAUGCAGUACCGGACGAGGCGUCGGUAUGGGCGUGUGCAUUCCCCUUUUCACACCACACCAAGGACUACGCCUUCAGCACCGGCAUGCAAGAUUCGCACCGAAGUGCUGCAGCAAUGAGCUACUCACGCACCGUGGCGACGCUCAAGGCUGCCAUGGGACCGCGCUUCCCGCUCGAACAGCUGUGGGAUCAACAUACGUACUUUGAAUUCGCCACGCGAUCCGCUGCACGCACCAUGCGCACCAUGGUCGCCGAACCUUAUGUCAACCACAUCGCCUGCCUCACCGGCGGAGCGGGUUAUACUCAGUUGGCUCGAUUCUACCAACACCAUUUCACCAAUGCCUCGCCUCCCGAUACAACGCUCGUGCCGAUUUCGAGGACGAUUGGCGCCGAUAGGAUUAUCGACGAAAUGGUCUUUAGCUGCACCCACACCACCGUCAUCGACUACUUCCUCCCCGGCGUACCCCCCACCGGUAAGAAGUUGAGGAUCCCCAUGGUCGGAAUCGUCAAUAUGCGUGGUGAUAAGCUCGCCUACGAAAGUCUUUAUUGGGACCAGGCUAAUACCCUCACCCAACUCGGCCUCCUCCAUCCAACAAAGAGCUCGCUCGACCCCACCGUCACCCUGCCCAUUGCGGGGGACCAAGUCGCCCAGAAAAUUCUGCAUCCCUACGGUACCCCCUCGAACGAGCUCAUGCCCAACUGGCCCGAGAGCGAAAACAAACCCGUCCCCUCGGAUCCCUAG